UGUCUGAAACGGAGUGCGGAAGUGGAUCCGUCUGCGUUCGCGUUCGGGGUUCCGCCUCUGGACGUCUGGCAGUAUCCCUCAGCUGACUCGGCCCCUUCUCCUCCUCACGUUACUGCGAUUCAACCCGUCGUCAGAUACCCGAGGAGAGAUGGCUGGACGGCUACCGGCGUGUGUUGUCGACUGCGGCACAGGUUACACCAAACUGGGCUACGCAGGGAACACAGAGCCACAGUUCAUCGUGCCAUCAUGUAUUGCCAUCAAAGAGUCAGCAAAGGUGGGAGACCAGGCCCAGCGGAGGAUGAUGAAAGGUGUGGACGACUUGGACUUCUACAUUGGAGACGAAGCAGUGGACAAACCAUCAUACGCCACAAAGUGGCCAAUCCGUCAUGGGAUCGUUGAAGACUGGGACCUGAUGGAGCGUUUCAUGGAGCAGAUCAUCUUCAAGUACUUGAGGGCGGAGCCUGAGGAUCACUAUUUCCUCCUGACCGAACCUCCCCUCAACACGCCAGAAAACCGAGAGUAUACGGCAGAAAUCAUGUUCGAGUCCUUCAACGUUCCUGGUCUCUACAUCGCUGUGCAGGCGGUGCUUGCUCUAGCAGCCUCUUGGACGUCCCGGCAGGUUGGGGAGCGAACGUUGACCGGGACUGUCAUUGACAGCGGUGAUGGCGUAACACACGUCAUUCCUGUGGCUGAGGGUUACGUCAUCGGAAGCUGUAUCAAGCACAUUCCCAUCGCUGGACGGGACAUCACUUAUUUCACCCAGCAGCUGCUGCGUGAGAGAGAGGUGGGGAUCCCGCCAGAGCAGUCGCUGGAGACCGCCAAAGCAGUCAAGGAGCGCUUCAGCUACGUUUGCCCUGACCUUGUCAAAGAGUUCAACAAGUACGACACGGACGGGUCCAAGUGGAUCAAGCAGUACACCGGCAUCAACGCCAUCAGCAAGAAGGAGUUCACCAUCGACGUGGGCUACGAGAGAUUCCUGGGCCCGGAAAUCUUCUUCCACCCCGAGUUCGCCAACCCGGACUUCACCCAGCCCAUCUCUGAGGUCGUGGAUGAGGUCAUUCAGAACUGCCCCAUCGAUGUGAGGCGUCCGCUUUACAAGAACAUUGUUUUGUCUGGAGGCUCCACCAUGUUCAGGGACUUUGGCCGCAGACUGCAGAGAGACCUAAAGAGGUCCGUCGAUGCCCGACUGAAGAUCAGCGAGGAGCUGAGUGGAGGAAAACUCAAGCCUAAACCCAUCGACGUCCAAGUGAUCACUCACCACAUGCAGAGAUACGCCGUCUGGUUCGGAGGGUCCAUGUUGGCGUCCACUCCCGAGUUCUACCAGGUGUGUCACACCAAGAAAGACUACGAGGAGAUCGGACCAAGCAUCUGCCGCCACAACCCCGUAUUCGGAGUCAUGUCGUAACUCGACAUUUCCCACUGCAGCAGAGGGCGGAGCUUCAGUCUCAGGGGCGGAGCUUCCCCGUGCUAACGCAGUCUACAGUACGAUAAAACAAGACCAAAACCUCAGAAAAAUAUACUGUUAUUUUUUUGCUUUGCAUUUUUUUUUCCAUCGUGAGGGAAAGUUGCCAAAAGAAACGGUGGAAUAUUUUUGUGGCUGAAUGAAAAGUGAUGGCAUAUGGUGGAGUGGAACGUCAUGGAAAACCAUGCACAUUUUGGUUAAGCAUCUCAUUUGUUUUCCAUCACCAUCCAGAUAUCGAUUUUUUUCCGCCUUCUAUUCCUUAAUAUCCAGAUGUGUAUCAUGAUAAGAGCUUGUUUAUAUUUCAUACUUAAAGGUUUUUUAUAUGUACAACUCGGUGAGAUCAGCAAUUGAAAAACAAUGACUGACUGCAGUGUUAAGUUGUCUGGGUGUGUCAUCGUAAAGCAGUGACUGCACAGAGGCAAAUCAUUUUAUAUAAGGAACCAAACUGUUGAAACAGUGGAAUGUGAUGUGUAUUUAAUACCUGGCAACAUUCCAAUAAAGCCUUCCGUUUCUUUCUAAAGAAUACGGCUGUGUUUGAUAGCAAGUCCAGGGAGGCGGGACAUUGUUUUGGUGGAUGUAUGUGGUGGCUUCCCCAGCUAAAAACAGCUGAAUUACUGACCAUUUUUAAAUGCACAGAGCAGUCGGAUAAAAGCUGCGUUAGCGACUGACAGAAUUUGUUGCGCGACUCGUGCUUGAGUGGCUGCUGGUUUGAAGCCAUCAAAUUGACCCCCUUCACCUCUCAAAUUUAAAAAAGUCAAUCUGGAGGGGUGAGGGAAGUCGGUAUGGCCAAACGGAGGCCGUAAAGUCUUUUCAAUAUGUACUGUGAAAGGAUCCACUGACGUUAGAAGUUCAACCAGUCUGUCUGCACAAUAUCACUUUCCCUUCUUAAGCUGAGGUAUAUUUGGCUAGUGGUCAUGAUGUUAACCAUUAAUGGGCCUCUAUUGUUUAUUCAAACUCUAAUUCCAGGUAGGUCAGGCAGUCAAAAGACGUCCAAAAUUCUUGCCAGCAAGUUUUUGAGGUUGUAAGACAACAGAAACGGCUCGGCCGUCUCAUUUCGCUCUAUUGAUUUUACUUCUACUGACUACAAAGAGCUGGUCCAGCUGAGGAGACGAGGGAGGACAUCACAGCUUUUCCUGUCUCAGCCUGCCGGAGUCUGGGGAAGCGAGGGCAGAUAAAAGUGUCGGAAGUCUGAGGGUCAAAUCCCAGUGGAUAAGAAGAGUCCAAGGAGGAUGGAUCUCAGAGACAGGCCCAGAUGUGGGAGCUGAUAGGAUUGAUGGAGGAGGGCCAGGGCCUCUUGUGCUCUGUCCCAAGUGCAAUCAAGAGCUGGAAUGGACCUGUCCGGCGCUCACAAUCACGCUCGGUGGAGAUCAGACUGUUUUUGAAAACACUGAAGACAAAGAAAGUGGAGGGUGCUGAAGUGUUCACAGCACAGGAAGACUUUCUCUCUGAGUGGUCUGGAACCUAACUGAACCAAAAGUUCAAAACCAUUGUAGCGGGUGCUUAGGGGUGUGGUCUCUCACCCAGUGGGAUGAUGGGUGGGGACACACAGGUGUUACUAAUAAAAUGGAGGUUGUAUGGGACGCGCGGG